AUGAUAGUCAUCAUUAAAGACGACCCUGAACGGGCUUCCCAGCACGUCGCCGAGCACAUUAUUCGUCGCAUCAAUGCUUUCAAGCCGACUUCCUCCAAACCGUUCUUCGUCCUCGGACUUCCUACUGGCGACAGUCCCAAAAAGGUCUACAGCCUGCUGGUGAAGCGUCAUCAGGCUGGAGACAUCUGCUUCAGACACGUUGUUACGUUCAAUAUGGACGAAUAUAGCUAUCGCAGCUUCAUGUACGAACAUUUCUUCUCCCACGUCGAUAUCGAACCGGCGCACAUCAACCUGCUCAACAGCAACAGCUUGGACAAGCACACUGAGUGCCUCGAGUAUGAAGAGAAGAUCAGGCGUGUCGGAGGUGUCGACUUAUUUUUUGGUGGCAUUGGACCUAAUGGGCACAUUGCAUUCAAUGAGCCCGGAUCCAGUCUUGCAUCCAGGACCAGGGUUAAAACUCUAGCCUACGAGACACUGCUAGCGAAUUCUCGUUCCUUUGCUGGUGGUGUAAACAGUGUUCCCAGACUCGCCUUGACAGUGGGCGUCCAAACCAUAAUGGAGGCCCGAGAAGUCGUCAUAAUUGCCACCGGCGCCAACAAGGCCAUUGCCCUUCAGAAGUGUAUAGAGGGCGGCGUCAGCCACAUGCAACCUCUCUCCAGGUUGCAGAUGCACCCUCACGCAAUGCUCGUGGUGGACAAAGAUGCUACUCUCGAUCUGCAAGUCAGGACUGUCAAGUACUUCAACAGCAUCGAGACCGUCAUAUCUGGGACAUAA